AUGGCGCUCAAAGCCAAGAAGUCGACGAAAAAGUUCAACCAACGGCGACUAGGCGAUGUCCUCGAGAGACGAAAGGAGUUUUCGAAGAUCAAGCAGAGGCAUCAGCUAAACGACAAGAGAAAGGCUAAGAAUGCUGAACGCCGGGAAAAGGAAGAUGCAGAGAAGGUGGUCAAUCCCAAGGAGCAAGCCAAGGAAAAUGCAUUUGCGGAAAUGAAUGUCGAUGAUUUCUUCGCUGGAGGGUUCGAUAUUCCUGAACAAUCCAAGGGCAAAGGCUCAAAGGCCGCCAAGAAAGACACAACCCCUAAGAUCGGCAAACGGAAACGCAUAGAUGAGGGUAUCGAAGACGGCGGAUCUGCCUCUGGCAGCGCUGAGAGCGACGCAGAGGUGGACGGAGACUCUGAUGGCGAUGAUCAAGUUUCUGAUGAUGCUAGCAGUGUUGGGGAUUUUGAAGCCCACAAAGGGCAAUUGGAGGCCCUCAAAGAUAAGGAUCCAGAGUUCUACAAAUAUCUCAAGGAUAACGAUGCCGAUCUUCUUGAUUUUGACGACCAGGGUGACCUGGCUGAAGUUGACGAGUUGAGCGAGAGCGAAGACCCCCCGGCAAAGAAGAAGAAAAAGUCCAAGAAAGACGCCGAAGAUGACGAUGCAAGCGAAACCCAACUUACAAUAGCCAUGGUUAAAAAGUGGCAAAAUCUUAUGCAGGAACAACAUUCCAUGAAGGCACUACGGCAGACAGUUCUGGCCUUCCGCUCAGCUGCAUACAUGAACGAGGAAGAGGGCCAAAAUACAAAAUAUUCGAUUUCAGACUCGGGUGUCUACCAUCAAGUUCUCGUCACUUCUCUCGAGUGGGUACCAAAAGUGCUUUCCCACCACUUGCCAGUCAAGGAGACUGCUGGUGGGAAGCUCAAAUUGAGCAUGGAGUCAAAAAAGUUCAAAACACUCACCCCGUUGAUCAAGUCGUACACCUCUUCAGUCCACCAGCUCUUGGUCAAUCUUACGGACCCAUCUACUCUCAAACUCACUCUCUCUUCUGUUGAACCAAUGCUGCCGUAUCUGUUGCAGUUCAGAAAGCUCUUGAAGGUUCUCGUGAAGACUGUUGUUGGAAUAUGGUCCGAUAACUCGAGUGUUGAGGCUGUUCGUGUCACUGGUUUUCUCACUAUGCGGCGCUUGAUGAAAAUUGGCGACGCAGGCAUCCGCGAAGCUGUCCUGAAGGCGACAUACGAAGGUGUCGUCAAAGGUAGUCGGAACACCACUGUCCACACACUUGCCGGUGUCAACUUGACCAAGAACUCGGCGGCUGAAAUCUGGGGUAUUGACCAAAAUGUGUCCUACACUGCAGGCUUCAGCUUUAUACGCCAGCUUGCAAUUCAUCUCCGUGGCAGCAUUACGAACAACAGCAAGGAAUCGUACAAAACAAUUUACAACUGGCAAUACGUGCACUCUCUCGACUUUUGGUCGCGUGUGCUCUCCCAGCAUUGUAAUGGUCUUGUUGAAGCAGAGGCUGGUAAACAAUCGGCGCUGCGGCCUUUGAUUUACCCGGUGGUGCAGAUAACCCUGGGUGCUAUGCGUUUGAUCCCAACUCCUCAAUACUUCCCACUCCGUUUUCAACUCAUCCGGGCUCUUUUGCGUAUCUCUCGUGCUACUGGGACUUAUAUCCCAUUAGGCCCAAUGCUCUUGGAGGUUCUCAACUCGAACGAAAUGCGCAAGCCGCCCAAGUCAAGCACGCUGAAGGCCCCGGAUUUCACCACGUCCAUUAGGGCUGCCAAAUCAUAUCUGCGCACCCGUGUCUACCAAGACGGCGUUGGAGAACAGGUUGCUGAAUUAUUAUCCGAGUUUUUCAUCCUCUGGACGAAGAACAUCGCGUUUCCCGAGCUGGCCCUGCCCGUCGUGGUGAUGCUGAAGCGCUGGCUUAAGGAAGCUGGAUCCCGCACGGGAGGCAAUAAGAACACUAAGAUCAACCAGAUGAUUUUACUGCUUGUACAAAAACUCGAGCUCAACUCGCGAUGGAUCGAGGAACGCCGUGCCAAGGUUACAUUUGCUCCUAAAGAUCGCGCCGAGGUAGAAGGCUUCCUCAAAGAGACCGAAUGGGAAUCCACCCCUCUGGGUGCGUUUGUAAAGACCCAGCGGAAGCUUCGUGAGGAGAAAGCUGCCCUUCUUGAACAGGGCCGACAGGAGGAGGAAAGGCAGCGACAGAAAGAACGCGAAAAUGGCAGCAACGAUGAGUUGAUGGAGGAUGCCGAGGUCUCAGCUGAUGAUGAUGACGAUGAAGAAGAGGAGGAGGAGGAGGAGGAGGAAGAAGAGUAG